GUAGCUAGGUUUAACAAAAUUGAACAAGACAAUGAACUGAAGUCAAUCUCUCGACGCAUUGCACGAACAUCCCGUCGCCGCUCCGCCCCGCCCUGUUGGCGUCGCAGGCCACGGCGGCUCCGCCCCUUAGCAACCUCCUCACUCCGCCCGUGUUCACACUCCGCAGUUGCAAAACCCUACGCCUCUGUUCCCGUCUCAGCACAGCACACAAGAAAACCCUAGGUUGUUCCUGCUGCUGAAUUCAAUUGACUCGGAAGAAAUUUGAAUUUGAAGAAGAAAGAUGGGAGAGAGGAAGGUGUUGAACAAGUAUUACCCUCCUGACUUUGACCCCUCCAAGCUCCCCAGAGCAAGGAGGCCCAAGAACCAGCAGAUCAAGGUCCGCAUGAUGCUUCCCAUGAGCAUUCGGUGCAACACUUGCGGCAAUUACAUCUACAAAGGAACAAAGUUCAAUUCCAGAAAGGAAGAUGUUAUUGGCGAGACUUAUCUGGGUAUACAAAUCUUCAGGUUCUACUUUAAAUGCACCAGGUGCUCGGCUGAGAUUACGAUGAAGACUGAUCCACAGAAUUCAGAUUAUAUCGUUGAAUCGGGUGCAACUAGAAAUUUUGAGCCUUGGCGUGCAGAAGAUGAAGAAGCCGAUAAAAUGAAGCAGAAGAGGGAAGCUGAAGAAAUGGGAGAUGCUAUGAAAUCAUUGGAGAAUAGAACCCUGGAUUCUAAAAGGGAGAUGGACAUCCUUGCAGCAUUGGAUGAGAUGAAGUCAAUGAAGUCUAGGCAUGCAACUGUCUCUGUUGAUGAAAUGCUGGAGGCGUUGCAGCGCACAGCAGCUGACAAGGAGAAAAGACUAGAAGAAGAAGAUGAAGCGUUGUUAAAAUCAGUUGUCUUCCAUAAUUCAGAAGGUUAUGUCAAAAGAAUUAGUGAUGAAGAUAUUGAAACUGAGGAGCAAUUGGUUCAGCUUUCAAAUGGACAUGGGGAAACAUCCAAUUUUAAUCCAAAGAGGCAAAAGAUUUCUGAAGACUUUCCAAGCAAACCAACCGACACUCUGACAAAAGCCAAUUUGGAUGAUUCUGGCAAACAAGAAAAUUCUCGCAGUGGUGGAAAGCUUAAUUCUUUAGUGAGGAUUUCUGUCAUUAAGAAACCAGUGACCUCUGACGUUAAAAGUCCUGCAGAACCAGAACAAAAGAAAGAAGAGGAAGAUAAUAAAACAAAUACUACUAGUGGACUACAAUCUUUGUGUCAAAACUAUGGAAGCGAUGAGGAUUAGUAGUCAUAAAUAUCGAAGGACUUUUUUUUAACUGUAUUGCUCUCAUUGAAUUGUACUUAUAAGUUGUAUUUGCGAUGGAAUGGGGGUCCUAUACAUAUUUCUCAUUGGAUUAAUAGAAAUAGGGAGUUUUCAAGCUCUUGCAAAAAUGCUUGUUAUCUUGUUUAAGAUCUAAGGGAAAAUGGAAGAAGCAUAAUUUAGACUGUGCGAUUAAUUUUGUUUAUAUAUAAAGCAUAGCUUUAUUAAAUGUG